AAAAACUUUGACCUGCUAAAGUCUGCUGGUGCGCACGAAUUAGGGUUAUGAUAGUGGAGCUUCCCGCUUCUCGGGACGAGUUAGCUUCGUAAUGUUCACUACUGCGGCUGUUCGUGAGCGACUGAGCCGGUGGGACACUCUGGCCGCCCUCAGCGACCGGCAAAAGGAAUGCUUCCUCGAGCUCAGCAGCACAGCAGCCAACAGACCUGUCCCUGAGCACCUCCCUACAGAGGAUGGGGUGGUUGCAGAUGUGUCUGGCUCACUGUCCAGCCAACUGGACAGCAUACAAACUUCUCAACAGUUCAUGGCCUGGUGUGCUGAAGUGGAGGCUCAGGCUGAGAGCGAACAGGACAAAUGCUACAGGGAGUACAUAAGCCAGCUGAGCCAGUACCGGUGUCAGUGUGGGGAGAUGUUGGAGGAGGCAGAGUCGGCCCUGGUCACCCUGGCCAACAUGAGGGAGAGACACCAGUUUGUCUCCCAGAGGACUGGGGCACUCCACGGUGCCUGCCAGCAGCUCAUGGAGGACCAGACAAAACUGGUGAACCUGGCAGAGAGCAUCAGCUCCAAGCUGACCUACUUCACUGAGCUGGACCGGAUCGGUACCAGACUGGGCUCUCCGGCCUUCUCGGUCACAUCCGACGGAUUCCUCCCCCUCCUCUCACGACUGGACGAGUGCAUCAGCUUCACCGAGCAGAAUCUACACUACAAGGAGUCGCAGGUCUACCUGACUAGGUUCAGACAGUACCUGUCCAGGGCUCUGGCCCUCGUGAAGCAGCACGUCGUCUCCACGCUGCGACUCACCACCUCCUCCGUCCUCCCCAAACCAGGGGCAGUGGCUGUAUUGUCGGAGAAUAGCUAUGCUCAGUUCUAUGGCAAGUUCCGCAGCAGUGCACCAAAGAUCAAGGCACUAAUGAAGGAGAUUGAACUGAGAGCAGACACUGCUGCAGAGUACAAGAAUCUUCUCCAUGACUGUUGCCAUAGCUAUGUGGGUCAGAGAGGGCUCCUCCUGACCUCGUCCGUCCACUCCUCUCUGGCCCAGAUCACCCAGCAGCACUCCACUGACUCCACUGCACUGGUGAGGGCCGGGUGUGACUUCAUGUGUCGUGUGUGUCAGGAUGAGUACCAGCUGUACUUCCACUUCUUCAGUGUCGACAGUCCUGAACUCAAAGGUCUGUUGGAGAGUCUGUGCUACACUCUGUAUGAUGUACUGAGACCAGUGGUGAUCCAUAUCAACCACUUGGAGACCCUGGCCGACCUCUGCAGCAUACUCAAGGUUGAAAUGUUGGAAGAGAUCGUAUCUCAAAAAGGGCAAGAGCUGGCGGUGUUUGGUACUGUAGUAAGACAACUUCUGGGAGAUGCUCAGCAGAGGAUUGUCUUUAGAGCUCAGCGCUACAUUCAGACUGACAUUCGAGGCUACUCCCCGGCCCCUGGGGACCUGGCGUACCCCGACAAGCUGGUGGUGGCGGGCCAGGUGGUGGCGACUGAGGCUGGCCUGGACCCCGACACCACUGACUCCGACUCUGUCUUUGACACCAGCGGAACUGAGGUCUGCUCACUGAGACAUUGUGUCAACGACUAGGUAUCGAGGUAGAAGGGCAACGCAAAGCAAACAUGUCAACUAUACCCAGAAUAGCUCUUUCUUUUUAACUGCCCUGGGUGGGAUUUGAACCCACGACACUCUGGUUUCCAGGCGAGCACUCUACCAACAGUUCUACUAGCUACAUGAUACUGAGUGCAUGGGUGUCACAUUGUAAUUUUCUAGCUAUUCAUUUAGGGUAAUCUUUUUUCCAGCUAUGUAAUGGGGUUACUUAUUGAUUCCUCUUGGAGGUCUGUGUAGAUACGAUCCUAUAAAAAAAAUGUACAUACAUAUUUCAGGUUCAGUCCCCUACACCUUGUCCAUACACGUACAUAGGUACAAUACAGUCAUACAUAUUACAUGGUUGUGUACAGAGAUUAGGCAGUGUUCUAUUUUUUGGAAUCAGAGUUUACUAAAUGAAAGUCACGGAGAACAGAAUGUUAUUUGUACAAUUCAAUACACAGUACAUUAUAAGACCAGGGGUUGGGGUUAGACUAGACAGUAGAAAGCAGUAAACCGUGAUUUAUAGUAGUGACCAUUGUUUUCUGUGUUAUGUGGAGCAGAGUGACACAGGAGGAGGGGCUGGGUCUGAGAGAGGGGGAGGAGGGAGGAGGAGGAGGAGGAAAGGGAAGAGGGUGGCAGCAGUUGACAUGCACGACAUGUGGUACCCCACAGUCAGGAGGACCCUUCUCUGCCUCUCUAAACUCUACCGCUGCAUCGAUAAAUCGAUUUUUGAGGGCAUAGCACAGGAGGCUUUGUCAGAAUGUGUCAAGUCCCUGUGCUCAGCAAGUGGAACCAUGGCCAGCAAAAAGCCAUCGGUGGAUGCUCAGCUGUUUCUGAUCAAGCACCUCCUCAUCCUGAGGGAGCAGAUUGCUGCGUUUGACGUUGAGUUUGCUGUUACUGAAUUCUCCCUCGAUUGGACCAAAACUACUGCUGCUAUGUAUGAGCUGCUGAAGAAGAAGUCUCGUCUGUUCUCGUUUGGCAGUAAUAAUGCAUUCCUGGAAUUCUUCCUGGAGGGAGUCCCCGGUCUACUCCAGACUCAGAUGGACUCCAAGAAAGAGGUGGAUGUGCAGUUGAAGGCAGUGUGUGAGAGGUUCAUAUCAGACAUGACCUCUGGACUCACUGUCCCAUUGAAGGACUUCCUGGCCAAGUGUGAUGUCAUCUUCCAGCUGGCCGAGAAGGACCGCUUGGACCCUGCCAGCACCCUGCUCCAGCAGCCCUUUGCUAAAGCUGAUGAGGUUCACCAGGUGGUGGUGCAGGGGAACAAACUUAUCAAGACAAAGGUCCCCGCACUGCGUCAGAGUCUGGCAUUGUAUCUGGCGAACGAGGAGACUGAGCAUAUCCUCUUCAGACCUGUCAAGGCCAGUGUGUUGCAGGCGUACGAGGCACUGGAGAGGAUAGCCGUACGCUACUACUCUACCUCCGACCAGUUCAUUAUCUCAACUCCCACUCAAGACCAGGUCUCGUUAAUGUUAGCGUUGACACAAGAUCAAGAUCACACCCAGGAACUACCUUGAAAAGGAAUCAUUGCAGUUCUAUAGAAUUGUGUCUGUAGGCAUUUUACACAUUCACUGCAAACAUCUAUGGUCCAUGUGGUAAAUGGUGGUCUGAUGUUGCUAGAUGCCUGUAUUGCUUCUUGACUAAGCGGCUGCCAUGGCUGUAUUGUUAAGUUCAUUUGUGUUUUAAGAUUUUGUCCGACUCAAAACUGGCCAUUAAUAUUUUUUACCUUAUUCAUAUAUACUACAUUUUAAUGAAGGAAUUGAUUUUGAUCAUGGGGUUACAUAAGGGGGCGUGGUCACUUAUCUUCUAGGUAGAAGUGGCACUAUGGCUUGGCACUUAGUUGAAGAGCUGAGGAAUGCAAUUACAUUCAAGG